AUGCAGGCGCAGUCGGUUGAUCCAGCGAGCUCAAGCUCGACAUCUCAUGCGGGGCCUGACGAUGUCUUUGUCGAUGUCCCACUCAAGCCCAUCGUCCGCCUAGAAGAGAGCGUGGUCAAUCGGAUCGCGGCAGGCGAGAUCAUCCAUCGGCCGAGCAAUGCCCUCAAAGAGCUGAUCGAGAACAGUUUAGAUGCAGGCUCGAGGCUGAUCCGCAUCACGCUCAGGGAAGGAGGAAUGAAGCUGCUACAAAUCCAGGACGAUGGUUGUGGUAUCCGACCUCAAGACUUGCCGCUUCUCGCCGAACGUUUCGCCACUUCAAAACUCCGAGAUUUUGCGGAUCUAUCCCAGAUGACGACUUUUGGGUUUAGAGGCGAAGCGCUGGCUAGUAUUAGCUAUGUGAGCGCAUCUAUGCGCGUAGUGAGCAAGACGAGAGACUCGGAUUGCGCGUACGGAGCUUGUUAUGCCAAUGGCGGGUUGGUCCCGCCCAAACCGGGCCAGAGCUCUGCUCCGAAACCUUGCGCUGGAACGAAUGGGACACUCAUCACUGCUGAAGACCUCUUCUACAACGUCCCCCAACGCAAGAGAGCUCUCAAGAGUGCAGCCGAAGAGUACAACCGAGCGCUGGACGUGGCUGCUCGGUAUGCCGUACACUACGGAGGUCGAGGCGUGGGCUUCGUCUGCAAAAAGGUGAGCGCCGUCUGGCGCGAAGCUCAUCACGUCCAUUUGGCAGGUUUGCAACUGCGCAGGCGCUAAGCGUGUAGCUGCCCUCUGCUCGCUCACAGGCUUCCUCAAACGCCGCAGACUUGAGCGUUUCAUCCUCUCCUUCUACUACAACGCUGGAUGUGAUAAGGACACUACACGGUAGCUCCGUCUCGCGCGAGCUAGUGCAGCUGAAGCUCAGCCAACAUCCUGAGCUCAAGUUCUCCGUUGAAGGAUACAUCAGCGGUGCGAAUUGGAGUGCCAAGCGGACCACCUUCCUCUGCUUUAUCAAUCGUGAGCGCACUUUGCCAUUUUCGUUGACUGCAGCUCAAAGACGUACCGCAGCGCUGCUAAGCGGGCACUUCACCCUUGCCCAACCCCUAAAAGAUCGCUCAGUGGACUGUCCAGCACUCAAACGCUCUUUUGAAGCGCUAUAUGCCGCCUACCUCCCCAAAGGUGGGCACCCAUGGAUCUACAUAAGCUUGGAGAUCCAGCCUGAUCAAGUGGAUGUCAACGUGCAUCCCACAAAGCGAGAAGUCAGUUACAGCAUCGAAUAGCAGCCGAGCAGGUCAGACUGAUCUUGCAGUUUCUCGAAACAGGUUCACUUCCUGAACGAGGACGAGAUUGUGGAAGAGGUGUGCUCGCUGGCUCAAGAAGUCUUGGCAGGAGCGAAUGCUAGCAGAAACUUCCAAUUCAGCGUGAGCUUCGCUGAGGGUUCGAGGAUGGAGGAUGUGAUCAAGUUGCUGACGUGCGGGAUCGACUGCGGUUCUAGCAAGCGCUGCUUUCUGGUGCGAGCGAUGCUGAUCAGCCACGAGCAGCGGUCUCCCAUGCUGCUUCAGAUGGUGCGUGCCUUUGGCUCUGAUGCUCUAGACAAAAGACACGUGUAUUCUCACACAACCAGCUCGUUCACCCAGCAGACAAUGCCACGCCCGCAGUGACGCAUCGAAACAGACCUCCUCAGCACAUGAUACGGACCGACAAUUCCGAUCAGAAUUUGCUGGGCAUGGGCUUCACCCAAAUGCUCUCUUCACAGGCUCCGGGCGAGGUUGAUAGCUCGCCCGAAGAGGAUGCCCCAGCACAAGACGACGCGUCGGUUGGCGGCUACAGACCUGUUGACGUACGGCAAAGCGUCAGAAAAGCUCCUCAGGCUGUGGCCGAAAGCGAAUGCUCUUUGACCAGUGUGCGCGAGCUGCGCGCCCAGAUUGUCAAGGUCAGACACGUUGGUGAGCAUCAUCGUACACGGUCUGUCCAUUUUCCUUUGGUAGAGGUGUUUGAGUGGAGAAAGACAAGCUGAUUCCUUCAUCCACGUUUCAAACUUUCAGCUCUCACUGAAGUACUGAAGAAUCACACCUUUGUCGGCGUGGUCGAUCCGACAAUGGCCCUCACACUCAUACAGCACGAGACCAAGCUUUACCUGAUCAAUCAUGCAGCGAUCAUGUGAGUUUCACCUCCGUCCUCGGCCCGUGCAAAGUCGCUUGGUCGUUGCAAGCAAUGCUCUUGACCCUGAUCUCACCUUCGUACAAAUCUAGCGAGGAAUUUGCGUAUCAGCUUGUCAUGCGUCAAUUCGGAAGCUUUGCGACACUGAAGCUCGACCCACCACCCGACAUCAGGAGAUUGAUUCGGAUCGCAGCAGAUCUUGAACCGGAUAUCGAGGAAGCUGGGAUGUCCAUCGACGAGAUCGUCGAGGUGCGUACAAGCUCGAUGAGGUUGCUCGAGUCUCUCUGCAAACUCAUUUCGCUGCCACUUCCUUUCGCGCAAUGCAGCGAGUCAUGACGAUCUUGAUCGACAGAGCAGAGAUGCUCGAAGAGUACUUCUCAAUCCGCAUCGAUACUGGAGAUGCUACGCUGAGAAGUAUCCCUGCGCUGCUUCCUGGUCAGGCCAGCAUGCCGCUGGAACGACUGCCCACCUUGAUGCUGCGUCUUGGACCUCAGAUAGACUGGGAGGACGAAAAAGGCUGCUUCGAGAGCAUCGCGCGAGAGAUUGCUUUUGCUCACGUGCCCUUUUGCGCUGGAUCGGCGGAUCAUGGCCAGAACAUAUCGAAUACGCCCAGGAGAGAGAUGCAGAUCGGCGAGGACCAAGUAGAGACGGAGCGCGCACUGACUGCGAAGCAUGCUAAAGAUGUGUUUGAUGUCCAUCACGUCUGGAUGGCAGCAAUGAAGCGCACGCCGUUCAAUGCGCCCAAAUCGGUGAGAUGAUCUGGCACUACAUAUCUGGCACUACAUCACAUGACGUUGCACUGCCACUCAUUCUCGAGGUCUACUCCCUCUUUCAAAUUCGCUCUGCAGCUUCUGGAGCGCGAUGUGGUGCAAGUUGCCAACUUGCCAGAUCUAUGUAAGCUCUUGCGAUUGUCCCCAUGCACAGUGCUUCGCGGCUAAUUACAAGAGUAUGACACUUUUGGUAGAUCGUGUCUUCGAAAGGUGCUAG